UCCUACAACACACACUCGCACACUCGUACACACGAAAGGAAUUCGACAUGGCGCCCUCACUGGAAGAGCCAACCCAAGUCGAUUUCGAUGCGCCCAUCAAAGCGGCACCCAAACUCGUCGCCCCAGAGCCAGAGCACUGCCCAGGCCCCGAAUCCGAAAAAGCCGGCCUCGCAGACAACUGCGCCGGCUGUCCCAACCAAGCCAUAUGCGCCUCCGCGCCCAAAGGUCCCGACCCGGACAUCCCGCUCAUAACCUCGCGCCUCUCGUCCAUCCAGCACAAAAUCCUCGUCCUCUCCGGCAAAGGCGGUGUCGGCAAAUCGACAUUUAGCACGAUGCUGUCGCACGGCUUCGCGGCGAACCCCUCCCACACAAUCGGCCUCAUGGACACCGACAUCUGCGGGCCCAGCAUCCCGAAGAUGAUGGGCGUCGAAGACGAGACGAUCCACGUCACUGGCUCCGGGUGGGAGCCCGUGUGGGUGUCCGACAACCUGGGCGUGAUGAGCGUGCAAUUCAUGCUGCCGAACCGGGACGACGCGGUCAUCUGGCGGGGACCCAAGAAGAACGGACUCAUCAAGAAGUUCCUCAUGGAUGUGCAGUGGGGGGAGUUGGAUUUCCUGAUCGUGGACACGCCGCCGGGUACGAGUGAUGAGCAUCUGAGUGUGAAUUCGUUUCUCAAGGCGUCCGGGGUGGAUGGUGCGGUGCUAGUUACGACACCCCAGGAGGUGGCGCUGCUGGACGUGAGGAAGGAGAUUGAUUUCUGUAGGAAGGCGAAGAUUCCGAUUCUCGGGAUUGUGGAGAAUAUGAGUGGGUUUGUUUGUCCGGGAUGUAAGCAUGAGAGUCAGAUUUUUAGGGCGAGUACGGGGGGUGCGGAGAGGUUGGCGAAGGACGUGGGGAUUCCGUAUCUUGGGGCCGUGCCGUUGGAUCCUAGGAUCGGGAUGGCGUGUGAUUAUGGGGAGAGCUUUCUCGAUGCGUAUCCGGACUCGCCGGCGUGUGCGGCGAUUAGAGAGGUGGUGAGGAGGGUUGGGGAGCAGAUGGGUGUUGUGGUGGAUGGAGAGGAGUAGGACGGCGAGGACCUUGACGAAGAAGAUGACGACGAGGAAGACGUUUUCUCUUCAUGUUCAUGACAUUUCCGCAUCUUUUGGAGUUACAUUUUUUGGAAGCAUUCGGCGGCGUUUAUAGUUCUGGUACUUCCUGUAUCAGAGCACUUUACUCAAUACCAUAUCUUCGUCUUGCUGCCACGGUAGAACUACAUACUAGAAAACUCAUGUUCAUAUUCAAUCUACAUAUAUCUAUGGCUAUACUAUAGAGAUCAUUCACUUUUCUUCAAGU